CAUCUUUGUCUUCCCGUCUCACCACUCACUGACAUAUCUUGGAUAUCCCAGAAGGAACCACCCUGGCAUAAAACAAUGGCACUGCGCACGCCGGAUGCGGAUCCCUCCAAAGUCAUCCAGACCGACGGGAAGGAGCCCGGCGAGGUGACGGCCGGGUUCACGCCGGCCGCCGGCAACCUGAGGCUGACCCGAACUUUGUCCAAAUCGGACUCUGACUUGCUGGCGCCGCCGCUCGGAGAAGACGACGGAGGUCACGCCGCUCGGAGCGGAUCCGUGUCCAAGUGCAAGCCGGGCCAGCCCUCCAAGGAGCGAAUGCCUUCCUUCGCCUCGGAGUGGGAUGAGAUUGAGAAGAUCAUGGACCUGAUCGGCGCCGGCAUCCAGACAUCCGACAAGAAGCAGGCGAGCUCAGAUGGGGCGUGCGGCAAAGCCCUGGACCAGCCGGUGGGCGAGUGGCUGGAGCGAGCCGGGCUGCCGCAGUACGAGGGCAAGUUCCUGCUCAACGGCUUCGACGACCUGCGCUUCAUGGGAAGUAACGUGAUGGAGGACCAGGAUCUCCGAGACAUUGGGAUCACCGACCCGGGACACAGGAAGAAAAUCCUGCACGCAGCACGCGGACUGCCCAAGGUCAAAGCUCUGGGCUGCGACGGUAGCACAUCUCUGGCCUCGUGGCUGGACGGACUGGGCCUGCACGAGUAUCUGCCCAACUUCCUUUCUAGUGGCUACCGCACACUGGAGUGCGUCAAGAACCUGUGGGAGCUGGAGAUCAUCAAUGUGAUCAGAGUGGGUCCGCUGGGCCACAGGAAGCGGAUCAUCGCCUCUCUGGCCGAGAGACCCUACGAGGAGGCGCCCUCCAAGUCCAGACGUCUGUCUCCUAUCAUGUUCCACGACCUCCUGUCCCAGACCACUUGCCCCUUGGGCCAGAUGGACCCCUACACCAGUCGCUCCAUGGACAUGCUGCUGCCCCCGGGCGAGGCCGAUCGGCGCCGGCGAGGAGGAGGAGGAGGACCGGAUCAGGACUGUAGCGUCUCUCUGCGUUCCUACUGUGAGCGGCCGCGCUCUGUCGACCGACACGGCGAGCGACACAAAGAAUCUCGCGUGAACCUACGGCCGCCGAGCCACUCUGCUACCUACGCCACCGUGUCCGCAUGGCACCACCAGCCCGAGAAGCUCAUCCUGGACGCCUGCGGGUACGAGGCAACUUACUUAGGUUCAAUGAUAAUCAGGGAUCUACGGGGGAUCGAAUCCACACAAGAUGCCUGUGCUAAAAUUAGGAAAUCAAAGGAUUCCAGAAAGGGUCCUGUUGUUAUUCUCUCCAUUACCUACAGGGGGGUUAAGUUCAUCGACGCAGCCACAAAGGCUAUAGUCGCAGAGCACGAGAUUCGGAACAUCUCGUGUGCCGCCCAGGACCCGGACGACCUGUGCACGUUCGCCUACAUCACCAAAGACCUGAAGAGCGGCCACCAUUUCUGUCACGUCUUCAGCACGGUGGAGGUGACGCAGACAUACGAGAUCAUCCUAACGCUGGGCCAGGCCUUUGAGGUGGCCUACCAGAUGACCGUGCAGUCCAGGCAGAGACACUACAUCCCCCACUUGUCCCUGGGCUCCGAGGUCGUCGAGACCAAGAGCAGCCGGCCCGUGUCGCAGGCGUGGAGCAGCAUGAGGAGAUCAGCCGGUGCCCCCGUGCUCGAAUGCCGCUGCUGUCACUGUCACACGUGCACCACCCACCGUCCAACCUUCCUCCCGUUGCACUCCGUUAACUCCGGAGUCCAGAUCGACCCCAUGGAGAUGGACGCAGACAUGCACUCCCUGGGCAGCACCUCCUGGCUCUUGGACCAGCGCGACGCCAGCAGGCGGCCCUUCAGCACCAACCUCUCUUGUCUUACCAGGCAUCUACCACUGUGAGGCUCUGUGAGGAGGGACAAGGAAGCCAAACCAAUAAGCAGUUUUGUUUUUGUUUUCUAUGCAUUUGUACAAAAAAAAAAAAAAAAAAAAACACACACUGGGUGGGUCACCAACACACUUUUGCUGCACUUUGAGGAGGCCGGCAGCCCGAUGUCAUGUCAUGGCCCCCCAUGAACACCACCCAAUGACUGCACGCUGCUUCGCCAACACACUUGACUGAGAGAUUGGGGGGGGGGGGGGGGGGGGAGAGUAGUUGUUGGGGGUCUCUGCUCUGGCCUUGUAACUGCCCUGUGCCUCUCAGCGUCACGGUAGCACCGAGAGACAAAAAAAACAAAAAAGAAGAAAAAAAAAAAAAAACACUGUUGACACAUGGCACUAUCCCUUUGAACAUGUCAGCCGAGGCGUCCAUUUUUGUGAUACUUUUUUUAAUAGGCUGAGGCACCAUUUGAGACAAUUUUUGUAAAUGGAACCCAAACACACCCUGAUUAUAUUUGACUAUAUUAAAAACAAAAAAGAAGAGGGCCCGAGCACGCGCUUUCCCCCAAAUUAGCAUCUCAUUAUCACGCUUAAACGUCUCGCACGCCUAGUGUGUCACGUCGUGUUAAAAAAGAAACCAAAUGUAAAUGUUUUUUUUUUUUUUUUUGUGUUGUCGUGAUAACGAAUUGAUUUGCUAUGCUGAGAGCACGACACGCACGUGCACGCGCACACCGUGUUUCAUUUUGUUUGAAGGAUGUUGUUGUGGCGUCAACACGCUUGUCGUCACGCUUGGCCACUUUUUGUGUGUGUGUGUGUUUGUGCAUUGACAGACUGUUAAAGAUGUGACCCGUGCGUUUGUGUGGCACCGUAGUAACAGCAGCGUUCUUGCCACCGUGUUCUGACUGUUACCUUCCACUGGUGAUGCAUGAUGGUAGCGUUUUGUUAUGUGUUUUGGUACCUGUGCCAAGCCGGGCCAGGAAAGAAGUCUGUUUCUGUGUGUGUAUGUGUGGCGUCUCCCAUCCCGUUCCGUCCUCCCACGGCCUCGGUUUGAACGUCACCAAUCAGUCGCCUCCAUCCCACCGUCCGUCCAUCUUCAUCUCGCUGACAUGAGGUCGCGCAUGUUCUCCCGUCUCGUGUGUCACCGUGGCAACCUGCUCUUGUAUGGCUGCAAAGGAAGGAUGGGUGAAGUCAAGACAUUUAUUUAAUCCUGAAGUUCAGAGUUAACUCUCUUUAUAUUCAAACUUAACCCUAACCCAAAUACGGCUCCCAGGGUACUGAAGCCAGUGUCGUAUUCAUUGGCACGCUUUCUUUGCUAGACCGGGGGAACCGCACUCCAUUCACCUUCCACCAGUCUGGGUUUUAGUUAAAAACCAAAAUCUCUUCUGUUUGACUUUCAUUUUUGAUUUCUGAGGCAACCCGUUUAGGGGGGAAAAUAGUUUGGCCUCCUGGUGGCUAUCAAGUACAGUGGUGCCUUGCGCCCGAGCCCAAAAUAAAUUUUUGGAAUGUGUUUUUUAACUAGAAAAAUAUCACUCUAUGAUGUAUCAUGCAAUAUAAAGAAAACAUGCAGUCAUGACAUAAUUAAAUAUAAUUGAACGUUUUUGUCACACUUUCUCCUUCAAUGCACAUUGCGCUGCUCAUUCUGGUGUGAACGUCUUGGCCACCUGGGGGCAGUAUCACACAGACAGAUAUACUGUACUGGCAGCUCAGUUUCCCUCUCGGCUUCUCAGUACAGCAAAAAUAUUAGUCGUUCUUUGUAGAGGAUAAAAAAUAUAUGCUUGUGAGUAUUGUUAUUUGGUCUGUUUGUGUUUAGAUAUCCGUUGCUUAAAGGGUAACAACACCGCCACGUAGAUGCUAAUUGUUAGCCCGUGUGAAGUUUCCCUUCGUAUGUUAGCAUUAAGGUAGCGGAAGCUAUGUGGUUGUUUUUAUUACACAAUGUGGAAUUCUCUUCGUUUUAUUUCGUAUGUUUUCGGAUCGCAAGGCACCACUGUAUUGAAAUCCAUUACACCGCUACGGUGGGACCACGAAAGUGCGACUAAAUUCACUUCUGACGCUUCUGUGUCCAACCUAUGCUCGGUGAGCAUGUAAUGGAUUACCGCACUCAAGUUUUGCAGUUUCUUUUGGUUUUGGGAUGUCACCACAGAAGGGUACCGGCUUUGGUUCCUAUAGGAAUUUUAUUCGGUUCCUAAAGUAGACAAUUUACUGUGGUUGGGUCUGAUUUAAUUGCAAAUGUGUUGUUGUACUUCCAAAUGGUCUCUUACAAACCGUCGCUUCUGUUUCACUUUGGGGUUUGAGAUUCGCCCGUUAAGGCAGCAAACUAGUUGGGCCUGAAUUAACUGUACACAGUAUUCAAAUUAUGUCUCUACAGUGGAUUCUAGUAGUAGACCAAAAUUCUCGUACAUAACAUCAAAUGAUACUUCUAUGUGAAACCUCAGCUCAGUGAGCGUCUAAGUUGUUAACUCAGUUUUACUUUUUAUUUGGCUUUUGGUUUUGUGAUGUCACCACCACUGAAGGAUACCAGAAUAAACAAACGGCUCCAAAUGGUACCUAAUGUGAUUUGGGUUCCUAUGGCAGCGCUAUAGUUGAGCUAACUUAAUUGACCCCUGUCCUGGUGUCAGGAGUGAAAUCCAUUACGUCUAUUGUAAUGCAUUAUUUAUAUGUUAAAAAUAAAUCACUACAAAAGUUUUACUUUGAGAUUUGAUUUCUACAAUAGCCAAUUGAGACAGCAAACUAGCUGGGUCUGAAAAUGAAUUCACACUUUAUUGGUAGUGGUCCAGAAACGAAAUUAUGAACCUCUUAAGCACAUCCUGGCACAAUGCAGUUGCACCCAAAAUAAAGAAAAUAAAAUAUGACUUGUGCAAAAACCCCGAGUUCUAAACCUGCAUUUCCAACCUUUAUUGAGCCAAGGCACAUAUUUUAUUAUAAAAAAAAAUGUCAUGGCACAACACAAAAGAAAAAUGUCACCAAAGGUAAGUAACAGAAAUAAUGAUCGUCUCAGUUUAUUCACAAAUGUACUGAGUGUGAAAUCUGGACGAAGGUACAAAGGGAGGAAAAAGUAAGUGAGCCCUUACGAAUUUCUUACAUUUCUGCCUAAAUUAGUCAUAACAUUUUCAUUCCACCAGUUCAGGGUGUAACCUGCCUCCUGCCUGAUGUUAGUUGGAAUAGGCUCCAGCACGCCCGCAACCCUAGUGAGGUGGCUCAGAAAAUGGAUGGAUGGAUGGAUGGAUGGCAUUUACAUUCUACAUUUCCAUCUAAAUCACAAGAAUAAAUAUAACAAGAAUAAUAUCUGCUGAAACUAAUAUCACACAAACAAUUGUUUUCAUAUUUUUUUUAUAUAUUUAUUGAAAAUGUAUAUUUUUAUUGAAAAUAAUAUAAAAAUUCACAGGACAGGGAUUCUUUCUCAAAGAGCUAAGCAGAGUCAGGUGUGAGCCAACCUGGAGUCCAAUCAAUAAGUAAAAUAGGAGGUCUGGCUAAAAGCUGCUAGGUCACUAGAAAACACACCACAGUUUAGAAUUGUCUUGUCAAGAAGCACUGCCCUGUGUGUACCAUGCCUCGCUCAAAAGAGCUCUCAGAAAACCUACAAUUAAGAAUUGUUGACUUGUAUAAAACUGGAAAAGGUUACAGAAGUAUCUCGAAAAGUCUUGAUGUUCAGUGCACGGAGGUUCAGCAACGCUGCUUCUCUUCCAAAGAGUGGCCGUCCUGUAAAGAUGACUGCAAGAGCAUGCACUCUGUUUAUUCUUGUGAUUUAAAUGAAAAAUAUCAGAAAUUUAAGAAAUCACAAAGGUUUCAUACACUUUUUCCUCCCACUAUAUUAUUCUGUUGUAUGAAUGGCAACAGGUGGAUGGACGCAGUUAAUUGUACCUUCUGCCAUCCAGUGGAAGAGCAUUAAAUUGUUUGGCCCGUCACUAUACAUAGAUAAACAAAAUACAUUAUUUGUGGAAAAUAAUUUUCUGAACAAGUCCCUGUAAAGUGCCAAUAAAUGUCUUGUAAAUUUGACACACCACAGAGAAAAGUGUUGUGAACACAUUCACUGCUGGCUUUAGAAGUCAAAUAUCCAUGUUAACUGGGAAGGCUGGCAGUGAAUGAGUUAACAACCCUGACAAAUGUAAAUGACUAAAAGAAAUCACCAAGUACAUAAAAUGGGUUUAAAAAUCAAGUCACUGUCCCCGCUCACAAAUGCUGUGGGCAUACCCGCCAAAUGCGUGAAACCACGUUCUGCUGAAAAACGGAUGCUACUUCAUCUAUAGCAUCUUUCUCCAGCUUACAUAUCACUACAUGUUUAAGCCAUGAAAAUGUAUCCGCCUAAAGCCUCACGUGGCUGGAAUGUAACCCAUGGGUCAUCGCGGGGCUUUCCACACCAUGACGAGAGGCGCUAGCCAUCAGCUAGCUGGCGAGCUAACAGGUGUAACUCGCAACUGCGUCGGAUUUCCGGUGAUGCGAACGAUGGGGCUCAAGUUGGGAAUCACUCGUUUAAACAAUAGCAUGCAGGCCACAGUUUUAUGAUGGUGAUUGUGCUCAUCAAUGUAUGGGGGUAAUUGGUUUUUGGUACCAAAUUCAGUUCUUCACUUUUUUUACUUAGAUUUCUAAAAGCUAGACAGAAUACUCGUCGGCCUUGACUCCAGCAGCAGCUAUAUGAAGCAAGUUGGAAGGUGACACGGGUGACACACAACGCAUGGUCUUUUUGGGUCUGUUAACAUUUGGUGUUCUCCUUGUGUAGCUCGCCGAAGCGUUCAAGUUCCCGGACACCAAGCUCUGAGUUGCUGAGCGAGCUCGUGCGAGUUAAAGCGGGGAAGCGGUAUAUAAAGCAAAUCCACUCUUGACAUUUAGAUCUCGCUGUGUACGCCCACCGCUUCCCCCCCCCCCCCCCCCCCCCCCCCCCCCCCCGGUACCUAUACACGCUGACGAAUGGUAACCUGUCCGACACGGUCGGCUAAACAGGACUUGGACAACCGCUCCCGUCUCGACAAAAAGGUCAGCGAGGAAGGUCACGUCUACUUUCUGGCCUGUGUGCGACUUCCCUUAUUAUGUAUGUAUGGCGAUGGGUUCAGAGCAGUGUUUUGAUGAGCAUGCCAAUUGAUCUAGGUCGUAGAAAAUGUCAAGAGGGAAAAAAAACUGUACCAGCAAUCAAAGCUUUGCCCAUGUUUGUGGCCAGAGUUGGGUUUGUCAAUGAAAAUGUGAUACUGUUUCCAACAUUUCAAGAAGAAAUAUUAUAUUCAUGAUAUUAAACGAUACAAUGAGAAAAG